AUGCAGGAUAUCUACACUAAGAUGGAUACAAUGGUAGCGGUGAUUCUAACAGACGUAAACUUUAUGACAAACACACCGAUAAUUACCGAUCAAGCGGACGAGCAGGAGGUCUAUGAGGGAUACUCAAAUUUUGUACAAUCUCUUCUUGAGCUCAUGGACGCCGUAUCGAGCAGCGCAGCCCAGCUGAAAUCGAUCAACGAAACAACCAAGAAUAACGUUCCCUUUGGAAUUCGCAUCUUGCAAACUGCCGUUGACGUGAGUUCCCUAAUUAACUCUUCGCUACCACCUGAGGAGAUGAUCGAUGAGAUGCUGACACCUUACAAGGCCUACUUCUACAACAUCAUCGGUCUCUUCCCAGCCAACAGCGCAUACAACGCCCAGGCCAACAACCAGAAGGCUCAGGUGGAUACGCAUUGCUUCCAGGCCGUCUGGGCAUUUGAUCGCAGGUAUAGCAAGGGCAACCAGGCUACUUAUCAAGCGCGCAGAAACAACUCCCUUCACUCUCGAUGGAUCAAGCGCCGUUCCUUGUGA